AUGGGAGAGGACAAGCACAGCGGUGAAGACAAGGGCUCCGCGGAGACGCCCAUCCAGAACAUGUACAGCUUCUGGUACAUCAAGCGCAGCACCGGCAACAAGGCUGUGAGCGAGAGCUAUGAGAAGAGCAUCAAGGGGCUCGGCGACUUCAAGACGGUGCAGGACUUUUGGAAGAUCUACAACCACUUGGUGCGGCCGAACGACCUGCCCAACACCAUGGACUACCACCUCUUCAAGACGGGCAUCAAGCCGAUGUGGGAGGACCCGGCCAACCGACGAGGCGGCAAGUGGAUGGUGCGCCUACGCAAGGGCAUCGCCUCGCGCUACUGGGAAGAUCUGGUGCUGGCUAUCAUUGGCGAGCAAUUCGAUGUGGGCAACGAGAUCUGUGGCGCCGUCAUUUCGAUCCGGUACAACGAAGAUAUCAUUUCGCUCUGGAACCGCAACGCGGACAACAACGAAGCGUGCUACCGCAUUCGUGACACUAUGCGGAAAGUACUCAACCUGCCGCAGUUUGUGGCGCUGGAGUACAAGCGCCACGACACGUCGCUGAACGACAACUCCAGCUUCCGCAACACGACGCUCUGGCGCUCGGAGAAGAACGAAGGCAACAACAGCAACCGUGACAACUCGUCGGGCGGUGAACGCUCGUCCACGGGCUCUCGCUUCUCCCGCGAAAAGUCUUCUGGCCACCAGCGACAGGCGUGGGGCCGUGACAACAAGCGUUCGUUCUACAAGUCCGAGGGCAACGAGGGUGGCCACCACCGCAACAGCAGGUCUAAUGACGACAAGGGCGAGGGAGAGCACUAG